CCUAAAUUCCUAAUACACUCUUCUACACGUGAGGACGGUGAAUUCUUAGAAUUGAAGUAGAACUGAGUUACAAUUUUGUGUUAGGAAUUAUUUCAAAAGCAGAAAAACGGAAAAGAUGAGAAGGCAAGGGGGCCACUACGGGGGUGAUUCGGACAGCGGCCGCGGGGACGGCGGUGGUCACCGCGGGUACGGCGGUUCCGCCGCUCAAAUGCACCAGCAGCACCCCAGCAGCAAGUCCAGCUAUUACCAUGGACGCCCCCAGGAACAGCAAAUCCUCGGCGAAAAGGAAGGAGGCUCGCAGCAUAACAAUCAAUGGCUGUGGGAGAGAGAUGGCGCGCAGGAUAAAUUGCCACAAACGGCUAUGUCGCCCACCGCGCCUUUCUCUGAAGGCAAGUUCUAUUUUAUUUUUUUUUGGUUAUUUUUUAAAAUGAUAUCCGGAUUAGACUGGUUUUAUUUAUUUUGGGUGAUUUGUUGGAAGCUCAUGCUUUUUCAUUCAAUCAGAAGGAAGAUUUAGUUGUAUUGAAUUCUGGAAUGAACUGUGUUACGAAAUUUCUAGCUUUAAUUUGUUUCUUAAUGUUGUUCACUGCUCUAGGAAUCACUCAAUCCUAAAUUGGUAAAGUUCUUCAAGUUUAAACCUUUGUACAACCUAUGACUGGUGGAGUUCUUUUUAAUUGCACCUUGGUGCUACUAACCAUAAAAGAUGGAGUUGCUAUGUAAAAAUGAAUUCAUCCCACUGAGUGAUUCUUACCUACCACCUGAAACUCGGCCGUCAAUUGACCUAGUUUUCUGACUCCCAAAAACAAGCCAUAAUGUUCGGUUGCUAAGAAGAUAUGUGAAUGAUACUUCAUAAGUCAUAAUUAACAAUAGUUACAUGUCAUUCCUAAUGCUAUAAUGCAGUGUCCUUUCCUUUCCUUGUAAUUUUCUCUGCAUUCUGCAUGUAAUUUGACCUUUUAAAUAGAUUAAAUGACUAAUAACCUUUAGGGACAAUUACGAAGUGUCUUGUGGUUUAGUUUAACCGAAAGAGAAAAAUGUAAAGAUUCAGGUUUAUUUUACAAUCACAGAUACCCUCCUUGGAGCCUUGACUUUUCCAUUUAGAUUGCUAAUUCCAGAAGAAAUGUAAUUUGAAAGAUAAAUUGUGAUCCAUUUGGCUUUCGGUAUAUCUGAAGGGUAGUAUUUUAAUGUUCCGUGACCUUUAACUGUGGAUGAUAAACCCAAAUUAACAAAUCUACAAAGGGGGGAAAAACUAUAAAACAAAAAGUUAAAUCAUUCUUAUGUUUCUUAAUUGGACUAUUUGUGUUUUACUCAAGGGCGUGAAGCACCUAGAUCAUAUUACCAAACUCAGAGGUUGGAUCCUCGGAUGCCAAUGGAGAGACAAAGUGGCGGGGAUCCUAGAGAUCAAUCUCAGGAGGAGGAUAUGGAUAUAGGCUAUGAUGAUAAUAACGUAAUCCAGACAUUUGAAGGUCUUGAGCAGAGGUUCCUUGAUGACAUUAUGAAGCUCAGCAAAGAACAAGUUGAUGCAGAGGAUGCUGAAAAUGCCAGGCAUCGGGAGAGAAUAAACACAAUCAACGCACAAUAUGAAGAACAGCUGUCGGCUCUGCGGGCCCGGCACACUACUCGACGAGACGAGUUUCUCCGAAAAGAAUCGGUAGCAAGACAACAGCACUAUCAACAGAUGUUCAUGGAAUUUAAUCCGGUAGCUUCUUCUGCUGGGGAGUCCCACAUUGGUUACAGUUCAGAACCUUAUGUACGGGAGAGGACUCGUUUUCCUGGUGGUGCUCGGGAUCACAGGUACGAGUCUAAUAAAGUCCCAUACCCAAAGGGACGUGCUUAUAAUAAUGAUUCUGGCUCUCAUUAUUAUUAGUGGGAGUUUGUUUUAUAUAGGUAAGCAUAAGCUUCGAAUGUUAGUCUUCUGGGCGUUAAAUUUCGUGUUUUCCUUCUCCGUGUUUCCCUUUUCCAAGAUUUUACGAGAGUGGUUUGUUUGUAGUGUAGUUUAUUUUCUGGCAUUGCGUUGCAAGCAUGAAUUGAGUGGGGCCUGAAAUUUAUGUAUGAACUCUUUCGUUGUGGUUCAUCUGUAAUAUUAGAUUUUAUCGCUAUAUUUUUGUUUAUGAACUUUAUUCUUUCAAGGUGUUACAGUUCUAGCAAGAAAUUAGUGUGUUUUUG